AUCUAAAUGGAACCACCCCUUUUGCUUUCUUAGCCAAAUCACCAAAAUGUCCAGUUAGAACAAGAAUUUAGCAUCCUGCAAAAGAAGUUAACAGCUGAGUGAUAAAAAGGAAACAUUCUAAAUGGAUCCCAAAUAUUUCAUCUUAAUUUUGUUUUGUGGAUACCUGAACAAUACAUUUUCCUCAGAGACAAAUGCAAAUGCAACAGAGUCGCAACCACAGUCUACUUUAUUUAGAUCAUCAAUGCCACAUGUCUUGGCUAAUUCUCAAAACACAACAGGGAACCCUUUGGGUCAAUCAACACAACGCAAAGACAUUUCUUCUGGACAAUCAACUGCCGAAGUUGCUGCUGGACAAACAACAGCAGUUGGUGUUGGUAAACCAGCAGCACAUACUUCUGCUGGACAACCACUUACCUAUAACAUCACCAGAAAACCAACACCAACGGCCAACACCACCUCCCAACAAACAGCACAACCUGUGUUCACCUCCGGCAGACAGCUACCAACAUCCGCCCAUACUUCUAUCAGACAAACGCCACCAUUUGUCUAUCGAUCCACUCAACGACCAUCAUCUGUUCACACCUCUGCUAGAAAACCAGUACCACCGACUACUCAAAAUCUAUCCAUACAACCAACACCAGCUGUCAAAAAUUUACCUAGGAUUACACCAGGAUUCAUCCCAGAAGAUACUGGUAACACACAAAUACCACAUAAAAGCAAUUCUAAUUCAACAGCUGCCAUAAUAGUUGGUGUAAUUCUGGUUUCUAUGUUGGUAGCUAUUAUCAUGAUUGUACUGUGCAAAUGCUUGAGAAAACCCGUUUUAAAUGACCAAAAUUGGGCAGGCAGAUCUCCAUUCGCUGAUGGUGAAACCCCUGAUAUAUGUUUGGAUAACAUCAGAGAAAAUGAAGUAUCCACAAAACGUACAUCAAUUAUUUCACUUAUGGCCUGGAAACCAGGCAAAAGCACACUUUUAGCAGAUGACUUAGAAAUUAAGUUGUUUGAAUCAAGUGAAAACAUUGACGAUUCCAACAACCUCAAAACAGAGAAAAUAAAAGAUCAAGGAAAUGGUACAUCCGAGGAUAGUGCUGGUGGAUCAACAAUUGGCACUGCCGUUUCUUCUUCAGAUGACGCAGAUCUGCCUCCUCCUCCUCCCCUUCUUGAUUUGGAAGGACAAGAGAGUAACACAUCUGACAAACCCACAAUGACAACUGUAUCUCCUCUUCCAAAUGAUUCCACCAAUCUCCCACCAUCUCUGGACUGUCUCAGUCAAGUAUGUGAAGAUCAUAAUUCUGAGUACCAGCAGUCACUUCCGCCUCCCCUUGACUCACCUAACUUGCCCCUGCCACCAGAUUUGAUGAAAACCCUGGAAGAUUCCAACAAUGAGAGUCAAUGUCAGGAGUUAUCUAUUCUUCCUAACUCUGAGCAAGAUCUCAAUGAAUCCCUGCCACCCCCACCUGCAGAACUGUUAUAAAUAUCACAGCUUAUUAGCUGAUUUUUCAUCCUUUUCAAAGGACUCUCUAUCUUUCGUUUUUCUUCAUGUGAUGAAAGAUAUUAAAUGGCAACUGAUAGCCAAUUUUGA